UCCGCAGACAAGGAGCCGGAGCAGGAGAGGCGCCGUGACGAGGAGCGGGAGAGGCAAUUCCGUGAGGAGCAGCAGCUCCGCAGACAGGAGCCGGAGCAGGAGCAGAGGCGCCGUGAGGAGCGGGAGAGGCAAUUCCGUGAGGAGGAACAGCUCCGCAGACAGGAGCUGGAGCAGGAGCUAGAACAGGAGCAGAGGCGCCGUGAGGAGCAGGAAAGGCAAUUCCGUGAGGAGGAGCAGCAGCUCCGCAGACAGGAGCUGGAGCAGGAGCAGAGGCGCCGUCAGGAGCGGGAGAGGCAAUUCCGUGAGGAGCAGCAGCUCCGCAGACAGAAGCCGGAGCAGGAGCAGAGGCGCCAGGAGAGGGAGAGGAAAUUCCGCGAUGAGCAGCUGCGCAGACAAGAGUUAGAAGGGCAGCGGUACCGUCAAGAGUUCGACUCGCAAACGCGCGGCCAGUUCCGAGACAGGCAGUCCAGGGAGGAAGACAAGAGUCGUAGGCAGGCCCAGGAAUUUAGCUCACGUCAAAUUUCUAAACCAAUUGUCCGUUCCAGCCCACUGUAUGAAUAUAUUCAAGAGCAAAGAUCCCAAUAUCGUCCAUAGGAGAAGCUGUCAAAGUCCUGUCACUUACCAAAGUUUAGACAACAGGAAAUGGAAAACACCGCGUACCAAGUGAUUGAUCAAGCGCAAGUUCUUUUUGGUUAUGGGAAAACUCUUUUCUGUCAAAAUAAUGGGAGGAGGUUUCUCCCCCCAAAAAAGCACCCUUUAAGCUAUCUUUAUUUCCUUCUUCAGUCCUUCUUGUAGCUCUUUACUACAAUUCCGUGAGGAAUUCAUUGAUACAGAUGUGGUGCUCAUAAAGAAACAAUACUUUGGUUUAAUGAACGGGGGGGGGGGGGCACUCGCCUGUUCAUCGGUUGUCAGAGAUAACACAAGAAUCAAGAUCUGCGGUUCCUCCCUGGAUAACGCCAUUGGGUUUGAAGAGAUGUCAAUUUCCAAAGCUAGUGCAAGUGAUAUUUCUCCGCAACAAAUAAAAUUCGGCUUUACCUCAACCCAGAUUCCAUCUUGGGUAACAGUCACGCCCAAUGUAGCCCUAAGGCUUCAUUGCAAUUUUGUAACUAUAUAGCCUCAAGGAGGCUGUGUUAGACAGUCCACUUGUGAAGGCAGCCCAUAAUUGGAAUAAAUGUUUAAAAUUUGAGGUUAACCUGAACUCUGGUAAUUUAAGAACUGAGAAGACUUGGAUUUAGGGCUGUUCCUCUAAUAAUAAGAAUAAGAAUAAUAGCCAGGAGACUACAAGCAAGCUCAUGAAGCAAAAUCAAAGUGUUUCUUUAAAAGCUCCACAACUCAAAAAAAAAAUUUUUAAUUAAAAGUAGAUGUCUAGUAUAGUCUAUAGUACUUGGUUCUUUCCCCUAGUCCUUGAUGGGGUUGUAGAUCUUUGCACCUCUGUGAAUUUCAGCUGGAUAUGAAACCAACUCAGAGAAUUCUGAAGAUCUGCCUUAGUGAUUGGUACCUGUAAUCUGCAAGAGUUAUUUAGAGUGAGUGUGUUGGGAAAAGCAAAUGUGUAGUGGAAAAUGUGUGGAUGACUGUGCAGGUACCCUUAGGCCCUAGGACAAGACCCAUCAACCCAUAACCCUUUGAGGCUAAUUGAUACUAUCUUGGGGACAUUCUUGUUGAAAUAAUUGGACUAUGGAAAUCAA